AUGACCCGAGUGAGCGUCGAUACUAGCACCCAGACAGUCACCGUUCAAGGUGGUGCAACAUGGGCUGAUGUGGCUCGAGAAACUGCUAAGUACCAGCUAGUCGUCAACGGAGGCACAACAAGCCAGGUUGGGGUUGGGGGUCUCACUUUGCGCGGCGGUUUCGGAUUCUUGACGCCGCAACAUGGGGUGACUCUCGACACGCUCCUUGCGGCGAAAGUGGUAACCGGAGAAGGGAUCGAGUUGCAGGUGUCCACAGAGGAACACUCGGAUUUAUUCUGGGCUAUUCGUGGUGCUGGACCAAAUGUUGCAGUGGUGGCAGAAUUCAAGUUCCGGGCGUACCCACAACCGAAUUUGGUCUGGUCUGGGUUGAGAAUCCACGCAUCUAGCGAGGUAUUGAAGGUCGUUGAAGCCCUGAAUGAGGCGCUUGUUCACCCCCAGGGGAGAGCUGCAGCGCAGUGUAUCCUGUCUUUAUCCCCAGACGACGAAAAAACCCCGACUGUCUAUCUGGCUAAAACUGACUUGGAGAUCGACUAUCUUGAUCCGACCCAGAUUUGCCGUACUCCCAUUACAGAGACGGCUUUUCCUGCGCGCGUUAAUCUCCUGCAUGCGACGCUCAUGUUACAGUGGACUGACGCCGCCAAGGAUGAGGACUUUCUCGCUUGGGGACAAUCAAUCCAGAAGCUGUGUGAAAAUGAAUUAACUAACCAAGGCCACAAACUCGCACACUAUGUGUCGAACUACAAUGGUUACACUCAAGAAAUGGAAGUGGCAGCUGCAGAUAUGUUUGGCGUAAAUGCAAAUCGCUUAUUGCACAUCAAGGCAAAGUAUGAUCCCGCCAAUCUUUUCAACAAGCUUAACCCGCUUGAUCGAGAACUAUGA